CCGGUUUCAUGCUCGCUCUGUCGGCUCUGUGCGCAGAAGUUACUGAUGGGCUAGCAAUGUCUGCGCUACGGUUAGAUUCGUGAGUGUAGAAACAGCCGAACGUUAAGUCUCGGGAAUAGGAAUUAACACAACAGCGCUGUUGUUUCUGUAUCAGUGACAGCUAGAUAAUGUUUUCCUUGACUAUGUCGGUGCAGCCACAGGUGACUCUGCCUCUCAGCCACCUCAUCAACAUCCUCCACCCCCUGAAGAGCUCGUUUGGAAGCAGCAGCAGCGCCACUAGCAAGUCGAGAAAACGAAAAGAGCAAGACUCGGACCAGCAUUGUCCAGAGACUACAUGGACCCUACGGGAGCUCGGCUUUCCAGACCUGGGUAAACAGCAACUGGAAGAGAUGGUGAAAAGUGUUUUACCACUCAUAAGCCCAGAUGUUGUGUCCCCUCAACUUGAUCGUCAGACAUUAUGGAAGACUUCGUACCUCUCCUCACACUCCUUUUCCCACAAUAAGUACGGCUUCUCAUGGGGUGCCAUUCCCAAUUCAGCAUCUCCCCUCUCAAGUAGGCACCUUUCACCUCUCCAGACUGUUUGCACAGAGCUGAAGUACUUGCCAGUGUUUGCUCAGACGAGAGGCUUUAAGACUCUAAAGAGUAAAACCAGACGUGUGCAGUCAGUGCUUGAACGCCCCGUGGGCCCUGAAGCAUUCACACCAUCUUUUAUGAAGGGUUUCCUUACGCGCGACAAAGGGAUUGAAGUUGAAAGUCUUGACGGCUUGUUAAAGAACAAGAACGUACCGGACGGACAGCAGGAUGCUUUUAAGAGAGGCUUCGCUGAGGGGUUCCUGAAAGCUCAGGCUCUGACGCAGCGCACUCAAGACUCUUUAAGGAGAACCCGCAUAAUCUUGCUCAUACUGCUUCUGGUUGGACUCUACGGCAUCUCCAAGACUCCUUUCAUAUCAGUGCGGUUCCGAACCACAUCAGGAUUGGACUCAGCGGUGGACCCAGUGCAGAUGAAAAACGUGACGUUUGAGCACGUGAAAGGGGUUGAAGAAGCUAAGAAUGAGCUGCUGGAGGUGGUGGACUUCCUGAAGAAUCCACAGAAGUUUACAGCUCUCGGAGGGAAGCUGCCAAAAGGUGUUCUUCUGGUUGGCCCUCCAGGAACUGGAAAGACUCUGCUGGCCAGAGCGGUGGCAGGAGAGGCAGAUGUUCCGUUUUAUUACGCCUCAGGGUCUGAGUUUGAUGAGAUGUUUGUUGGAGUGGGCGCCAGUCGUAUCCGAAACCUUUUCAGAGAAGCUAAAGCCAAUGCACCCUGUGUAAUCUUCAUUGAUGAGCUGGACAGUGUGGGGGGCAAAAGGAUAGAGUCCCCCAUGCACCCCUAUUCCAGACAGACUAUCAACCAGUUACUCGCUGAGAUGGAUGGGUUUAAAACCAAUGAGGGAGUAAUCAUCAUUGGAGCAACCAACUUCCCAGAGGCUCUGGACAACGCCCUGAUCCGCCCAGGACGCUUCGACAUGCAGGUGACUGUUCCUAAACCUGACGUGAGAGGACGCACCGAGAUUCUCAACUGGUACUUGAAGAAGAUUAAAGUUGAUCCAGCUAUUGAGGCCAAUAUCAUUGCUCGAGGCACUGUGGGCUUCUCUGGCGCUGACCUGGAAAAUCUGGUUAACCAAGCUGCCCUGAAGGCAGCAGUUGAUGGCAAAGACAUGGUCACCAUGAAGGAACUGGAGUUUGCCAAGGAUAAAAUCCUCAUGGGCCCUGAGAGGAGGAGUGCCGAAAUCGACGAGAAGAACAAGAUCAUAACAGCAUACCAUGAAUCGGGUCACGCAAUCGUCGCUUACUACACCAAAGACGCCAUGCCGAUCAACAAGGCCACCAUCAUGCCCAGAGGCCCCAGUCUGGGACAUGUGUCCAUGCUUCCUGAGAAUGACAGGUGGAGUGAGACUCGGUCUCAGCUUCUUGCUCAGAUGGACGUCAGUAUGGGCGGCCGUGUGGCAGAAGAGAUGAUUUUUGGUCACGAGAACAUCACGACAGGAGCAUCAAGUGACUUUGACAGUGCAACCAAGAUUGCUAAGAUGAUGGUGACCAGAUUUGGAAUGUGUGAAAAGCUUGGUGUGAUGACCUACACAGACAUGACCGAGCAAAGCCCAGAGACGCAAGCAGCUGUGGAGCAGGAAGUCAGGAUCUUAUUGAAGGAGUCAUAUGAUCGUGCCAAAACCCUGCUGAAAACCCACACCAAGGAGCACAAGAACCUGGCAGACGCGCUGCUCAUGUAUGAGACUCUGGACGCCAAAGAGAUUCAGUUGGUUCUGGAGGGCAAAGCCCUGGAGACCAGAUGAAAUGUGCAGCGAGGGAGGGGAGGGGAGGGGGUGCAGAUUUAAAGAUUGACUCAGGCCAACAUCCACUGGGUUUCUUCACUCUGUCACUUUAAUGGAAUCUAUGGAAGCCCUAACUUUACUGUCCAAUUGAAACCAUUUUCAAAAAAGGUUGAACACUGAAACCUUUGAUUUGUUUUCAUCUGGAAACUAAAACUGAAAAACCUCUCUAGCGUGUGAUGUUCUCACCAUCACGUCCACCAUAAUUUGAAAUGAUGGGAUCAGUUGUCUUCUUUUGUCCUGACAAAGUUGCAGGUUGUGAGCAUCAUGUUGCUUAGGUCACUUUAUUAUAUUUUAAAGGAAUUCAAACAUGAAUGUAAACAGAAACCUCCGAUAGAAAUGCAUCAUCUGAGUAGACCUUUGUUUUGAGAACACCCUGCUUUAUACUGAAGGAAAUCGUAGUUUAACUGUGAGCUGGAGGUUUGGAUGUCUUCCUGCAAACAUCUUCAUAUCUGCUGUGAUCUAAUAUUCUAUUUCAGGUAGUGUGCUGGAAUCGACUUGUUUUUUUGUUUUUUUUUUACCUUCAUUUUUGGAGCCAGUUGGCUGAGAGAGUCCUUCUUUAAUAUUUUGCUUCCCCCCCUCACUGCUUGUCCUUGUUGACCGUUUUUAAAGGCCUUCAAGGGGAAUGUACAAUAAGUGUAACAUUAAACUAGGAUGUAAAGUACAAAGUUUUAGCACUUGGAGCAAGUGUAUGACAACAACAAUGCCUUUGUGCACUUUGUGUUUCAGCUGUACAGAUAAAAAUAAAAAGCAGCUCAGCCUCAGACGACAUGCACUAAACACAAGCUUUGUUGCUUAAAUGGUGAAAAGGUUUUAAGAAGGUAAAACCCUCUGCAUUAUGUUGACGUUUUAAAUGCGUGGAACAAAGAUAAAACCAAAAUUGUGUCAGCUGUUCCCUCAUAAUGCUGUGGUGCUGCAUAUGCAUCUGUUCUUGACACAAAAAGUAUCAGCAUUUGUUUAUGAAUUGUGUUGAAGUGGGAUUGAUUUUUCAGCUUUUAGACUUUACAGUCUCUGUUUAUCUUCAUUGCAACCUAUUUUAUCUAUGUAGAGAUGACUGGGAUGUGAUCAUAAGAUUGUAAAUAAAUGUAAAGACGCGCUUGUAUUCAUGAAAUGCUCUGAAUGUGAUUCAGCUGUUGGAAUUUCCCAAAAUUGUAGUUAUGAUUGUUGUGUGCAACUGAAAUAAAGUGAAAUUUAAAAAAAUAAAA